CUUUCUUGUUACCUUAAUCUCCACAACAACCUUUAUUCUUUGGUCCCUCAUUUAAUUGUUUAUCAUAUUUAAAUAUCACAUUGAAAAACAAACCUCAAUGCACUCUUAAUAAGAGUCUUUUAACUCUUCUGCCAAAUUUCCAUUUAACCCCCCAAACUUUUCCCUAAAUUGAGAAAAGCCAUCAUGCUUCCCAAAAUCCCAAUGACUCUUCUUCUCCGAUUCACCGCCAGCGCCAUCACCGCCACAGCGACGUUCCUCUUCAUCCGCCGAAUCCGCCGGGAAAUCUCCCUCUCCGCUCUCCGCCGCCAGAUCCGCGAAGCUCUCCAACCCCUCCUCCCUCGUCCGCCGUCCAUUCUCAUCAUGGGGUUCCGAUCCCAAGGCAAGAGCAGCUUUCUCAACACUGCUUGCCGUGCCCUAGCCUCCGAAUCCGAUCCCAUCCUCCUCCUCCGCGCUGAGACCGCGCCGCCCGGCGCCGCGCCGGUAUCUCAAUCAUCGCGCAUCGUACGCGCCUUUGUGGCGGACCCCGGCGGAGCCGGGGUGGAGCCGGUGGCAGUGGAUCUCAUUGACGGACCUCCGCUUCCGGAUGCGGCAGGGAUGACGCGUGCUGACGUGGAAGCGGCCAUCGUCGGAACUCCGGCGCCGGAGUGCGUUAUUCUGGUGUUCCGGUGUUCGGGAUCGUUGAAGGAACGGGCCAUCGCGGUGAAGAAGCUCACUGAUAUUGCCAGCGUUGUUCGUGAACGAGGGCUUCAUGUGGUGGUGGUGCUAACACACAAGAGAGUAUUAAGGAACAUGAAGCAAACGGAAGAGCUACAAAGAGAAGUAGCCUUCAGAGCCAGAACAGACUGUGUAUAUUUCGUUGAGAACUACACAGCAAGCCCAAACAUAAGCAUUCAUCAUCCCACCACCAUUAAGAAUGACCAUGACACUAACUUCACAGCUCUCUCCAUCAUAAGACAGUGUGUUGAGUUCACUAGACUCUAUCGUUCCCAUACUACUUCGCCUAAAAGUUUGUUCAUGAGUAGUGCCUUGGCCACGUCAGCACCCGGUCUUAAUAAGUCUAUGUCUAGAAAUAUUGAUGCCUUUCGUUCUCAAGAUUUAUUAAAAUAA